AUGCUGGACGAGAAUCUCCCAACCUUUGUCCUAAAGCCAUCAAAUGAUAAACCAAAGCAAAACUCGACAUUUCUGUUCUCGCAGCAUGGCGCCGAAUUCGAGCCCGCUUACACCCUGCGGCAUCUCGACCCAGAGCAGCAUGCCUCUAGGAAUCGAUACGCCGUCGCCCUCUAUGAUGCCUUCAUUCCUGAUGUUCUCUACGCAGAAGUCCUUCUAAUCCCAGAAUGGACACACCCAGUUAUCUCGGAACAAGCAAGACUUAACGGCGCGAUCCCACCUCCUCCGGAACCCGUCCUGCCCAGCGAAUUCUCGAUCCAAUUAUACAAUCCAGACCAGCAGAUCACAGUCAGGCAUAAGCCUGCCAGUUGGAAUACAGCAGCAUCUUGGGCGUUCGAAAUGCCACAACAAACAUUCCGAGAGCCCUCGGCUUCGGCGUUGGAUCGAGGACAACACGACCCUGCUGCGUCCGAGGUCACACCUAAGAUUGGUUUAAAGUGGAAGAAGGACAGUAAAUUUUCUAAAGACCUGGCAUGCUUCUUGUCUGGGAAAAGCACAGAUAUCGUGGGAAGCAAGGCAAAGAGCAAGGAGCCGGACAUUACUGUAUCAAUCUUCAAAGGCCUGAAGGAGUUGACGUUAUAUGAGCCCAAUUUGCAGAGGGUCGAUAUAGAGGACCUCAAAGGCUUUGAAGUUGUUCUUUUACUGGGAGCCGUGGUCAUUCGAGAUGUAUAUUUCGGGUCGUUGAAAGAAACAUUCAAUAUAUCUACAGCAGGAAGAAAGUCCAAUCCGACCAGCCCCAGUGCUGUCGACGCCGCCUUGGUUCCUGAUCCUCGUCCUCAAACAGCCUCGCCAACCAGUACCACUGGUCCUGUUCGCGACCCACGAGUGCCUCCUACAGAUCCGAGAAGCCAGUGGGAGCUGGACGCCGAAACCGCUCGACUGCAACGACAAUUUGCAGAGGAAGAGCGGGCGAGGCGACGGCAGGAAGAGGAAGCCGAACGGAAAACGAGAAUUCUGCUUGAGAACGAAGAGAGGGAGAUACGUAGACGCCAGCAGGCUGAAGUUGAUCUGGAGACGGAGCGUCUGAAGCAGCUAUAUGGCCAAGAGGACGCCAACGCACGCCCAAACCUGCCCCCUCGAGACUCACGACAGCAGAGGCAUCACUCUGAAUCUGUGCAAUCGGCGUAUCAACAAUCCCAGCAAGGCCUCCGACCAGCCGCGCCGUACACCAAUGCAUGGGGUGGCUACACUUCAGGCGGAAGCUCUAGUAGUACUGGUCCUUACAUGUCUGGCGCCGCUGCUCAGUCGAGUUUCCUCACGCCUGUGCCGUCGCAGCCUCAAAAUCUCAAGCAGAAGUCGAGCAUUUUCAAUUUUCGACGUCGCAGUGACCCUGACCCGAAUAAGCUACAGAGAAAGAGAAGUGCCGUAUUUUGA